CAGUCCAAUGAACUCCAAUACUAGGUAAAAAUCGCCAUGCAUGCAUGGCAUGUACAGUUUCGAUCCAAGCACACACAGCACGUACGACGUCGUCGUCCUUGCUUGCUCUCAGCUCGAUCGAUCGGUUGCUACAAAUACCAGCCUCUCGCCGGCCGGCCAGAGCAUCAUCUCACCAUCCAUCGAUCACACAUCAGCUAGCUCGAUCACAAACACCGACGCUUCCGCCGCAUUCCGGCCACCGGAGUCGAGGAAGAAGAGAGAGAGAGGUAGCUGAUCGAGCUAAGCAAUGGUGAUCAAGGUGCCGUACGUGACGGCGGCGACGACGCUGUUCAGCUUCGGCCUCAUCUUCGGCUUCGGCCACCUCCGCGACUCCUUCCGCGCCCUUCUCCGCCUCCUCUUCUCCUCCGCCGCCGCCGCCGACUCGCCGGCCGGCUGCAACUCCAAAGGUUACGCGCCGAUUUGCGUUGGGAAGGAGGAUUUCUACAUCCGCCGCUUCUUCCGCCGCGUCCAGGACUGUUUCGGGCGACCGAUAGCCAGCAAGCCUGAUGCGUGGUUCGAUGUGGUUGAGCGCUACUCGACUGACAGCAACAAGACACUGCACUGCACCACGAAAACAUCCAAGUGCCUGAACCUGGCAUCCUUCAACUACCUAGGUUUCGCUGCUGCUGAUGAGUACUGCACACCUCGUGUCAUCGAGUCUCUGAAGAAAUACUCUGCUAGUACCUGCAGUUCCCGAGUCGAUGGAGGCAACACUCAGCUGCACAUAGAACUCGAAGAGCUGGUUGCAAGAUUCGUCAGGAAGCCUUCGGCUAUUCUGCUUGCCAUGGGUUAUGCCACCAACUCUGCCAUCAUUCCUGCCUUGAUUGGGAAGGGUGGACUGAUAAUCAGUGAUUCACUGAACCAUAACUCUAUAGUCAGUGGAGCUAGAGCUUCAGGAGCUACGAUUCGGGUGUUCGAACACAACAAUCCUGCUCACCUGGAAAAACUACUGAGAGAGCAGAUUUCAGGUGGACAGCCUAGAACACACAGGGCAUGGAAGAAGAUCCUGGUGAUUGUUGAGGGGAUAUAUAGCAUGGAAGGGGAGCUAUGCAAACUCCCUGAGAUCAUAUCUGUCUGCAAGAAGUACAAGGUUUACACAUACAUGGACGAGGCACACAGUAUUGGAGCUGUUGGGAAAACAGGAAGAGGUGUGUGUGAGCUACUAGGAGUGGAUCCGGCUGAUGUUGACAUCAUGAUGGGCACACUCUCAAAGUCAUUUGGAUCGAGUGGAGGUUACAUUGCAGCAUCAAAAGAGAUUAUUCAGCAUCUCAAGCUUACAUGUCCUUCACAUAUCUAUGGCACAUCCAUGUCACCUCCUGCAGUCCAGCAGGUCAUCUCUGCAAUGAAGGUUAUUCUUGGGGAGGAUGGAACUGACAGAGGGGCCAAGAAGAUUGCUCAGAUUAGAGAUAACAGCAAUUUCUUCCGUUCAGAGCUUCAGAAAAUGGGCUUUGAGGUUCUUGGAGAUAAUGACUCACCUGUCAUGCCUUUCAUGGUCUACAAUCCUGCUAAAAUGCCUGCAUUCUCAAGAGAGUGCCUGAAGCAAAAUGUUGCUGUUGUUCCGGUUGGAUUUCCUGCUACACCACUACUUCUUGGCAGAAUUAGGAUAUGCAUUUCUGCUUCUCACUCAAGGGAAGAUCUUAUCAAAGGAUUGGAGGUUAUCAGCAACGUUGGUGAUCUUGUUGGAAUCAAGUACUUACCAGUUGAGCAAGAGGAGACUACAUCUGUUGAGAAACCAAAGAAGCUUUAGUGAACAAUCUGCGUCUCUUGUGCUAGAUCAAGCUCAAUUCUUUCUGUUACACACCGAUAUACAUUUUAGAACUUCCCCCUGUUACCACUCCUAAGUCUGAGAAUAAGUAUGUCUGAAAUCGUGUAAGUUCCCUUCCAAAAUGUAAUAAUGGUUGCGUUUAUCAUGUGUAAAAAAUAACAUCUUUACUCAUACCUGAUGAGUUCAGUUUCUGUGACCAACUGAUAUACUGAGCGUCAGUAACAUGCAAAAGCAGAUGACUGAAUCUGAAAUCUCUCA